AUGGCAAUAACAAAGGGUAGUAAUACCGGAAAUCGUACAAAAAAGGACAAGGGAAAAAACAUUGUUGACGGGUCGGCAAUCCGUGAUGGUAGUAUUGCUUCAAAAAAAGGGACGCCCAAAAGCAAAGCAAAAGGGAAAGGUGUGAAUGAUGCUAAUGAUUUCGUUGAGGGUAGUCCUCGCGUUACAAGAGGUAGUGUGAAGGGAAAAGAGAAAGUGGCUACUUACAGAAAGGGGAAAGAGGCGAAUUUAGGCGAUGCACGUUUGAAUGAAGUUCGUACGAAGUAUCGGAAUGAUCCUGCAUUAUUAGCUUUUAAGCGAUCGAUACUUGGUGGUGAAAUAUUGAAGAGGAAAUUGGGUGAGACGUCGGGCAAAGAUGCUGCUGGUAGUUUGGUUGUUCAUGAUGUUGGAGUUGUUUCUCCGGUAGCUCCUGCCAAGAGGAAAAGGAUUGACAAGCGAAAGCUUGCAGUGGGAAACUACACUAAGUUACAAGUGAAGAGCUAUGAUGAUUACCCGUCUCUGUACAUUCGGAGUACGCCAUGCGUUCUAUUGAAAGCUGUUAAAGAGAUGAACGACGUCCAGAAAGAGGCUGUUAAAUCAUUGGGGUUCGGGUCUGUCCUUGAUCUUACAAUCCAGGAGAUGCCGUCAAAGCUAGAUUAUUGGGUGCUAGAUUGCUUCCAUGCCCGAAGGUCGGAGAUCGUGCUUCCAUCUGGGAAGACAAUUGAGGUGACAGAUGAGGAUGCCUAUCGCGUACUCGGAUUUCCUCGUGGUGAUAGAUCGUUGGAACUUCUGGAUAAGUGUGAGACUACAGACUUGUAUGAUGUGUGGGUAAGCUGUUUUCCGGAUAAAAAUCGAAAGACUAUAAAAAUCAGUGAUGUUAAAGACGCGAUGAUAGCUUCUGUGGAUGGGGGGCGAUGGUUCAAGCUGCAUUUUCUAGUGAUGGUUACACAUUGCCUGAUAGAGAGCACCACGCAUGGAUCUGUCGUUCCUAGGGUUAUUAAGAGCCUAGAUGAUUUGACAGUUGUGCGUGACUUCAAUUGGUGCGAGUAUGUAGUUGAUUCUUUGGUUGAGAGCAAAGGUAAAUGGGAAAAGGAUACACAAUCCAUGUACACUGGGCCUAUUAUGUUUCACGCGGUAAGAUGGCAAUAUCCACUUUUAUUUUAUUGCUUUGGUUGCAAAUUUUGAGUACUAAUUUAUGUAAUAAAUGC